UAGCACUCGGAAUAUUCAUCGCUUUCCACAGUCACUAAAUUUAGGAACUGUGGAAUCGGCACACCAAAAAUUAAUAAAGCCAUUAUAAAAUUCCCUAUAUGCUGCAUGGAAACCAUAGCGUGUGUUCUAUGGAGCAUAAAAAUCAACGCUUGGACAAGCUCAUCUUCUCUGUUAUAAUUGUUGCAUCUUAUAUGUAUAUAAUUGAAUACACUUUCAAGGGACUAUAUUGGACAUUUGUAAUCAUUGUUUCUGGAUGGAGCAUGAUAACAAUAUUUAUUCUUCUAAAGAAUAGAUAUGAAACGGAUUCCACGAGUAUUGGAGUGUCAACGUCUUAUAGUCGUUGGACGAACACCUUUCCAUCGAUUGGAAUAUGUUUAUCCAAAGCUCGGAUAACUGAUGACUUUACGGACGCUGUUAAUAAACGUUUUCCUGGUGGAAAACAACCUUACACAUAUGUAAGAACUUUAUACGAUUACCUCUUUAUAAACCCAAACAACUUAUACAUAAAGCCGGAUCAUUGCAAGGAACUAAAUUCCACAUGUGGAGUUGAUAUUUUGGAGAUGAGAAGAGAGUUAUUCCCGACGUCGUGUAGGGAUUUUUUGGACAAAAUUUACUUUGCUGGAAAACUGCUCCCCGACUGCGAAAAAAUAUUUAAGUUUCAUGAACUAGAAAUGGGUUAUUGCUUUCUUGCCAACAAUUUAAUGGACUAUGAAAGUACCGAAAAAAUGCCUUUGUUAUAUUCGUCAUUGGACAAAUACCGGAAUCUACGAUUGGUGUUGAAAAGUGGCCUAGUAUAUCGCUAUGAUUUAUAUGUUCACAGUCCCGAGGAUCUACCCUAUUUUAAUGCGGUAACCUAUGCUAUUAACGAGGAGCCUAUGAUACAUAGUUUUAAUGUCGAGGAGAUUCAUAAUCACGAUGGUGUCAUUUAUGAGCCAGUUUCUCAACGGCUUUGUAAAUUUCCCAGUGAAAGUUCUAUCAAGGGACUUCCAUAUAGUUUUUCUAUAUGCAUGUCUCUUAUUCGAAGUGAAAUUGAGAUGAAGAUCUGUAAUUGCACUCUAUUUAGUCAUAAAGAUUUUAGUGCAAUGAACUAUUGUGGAGUCAAGGAAAUUUCCUGCUUGGAAACAGGAAAACUUGCAGAAAAGGUUAAGAAUUAUGUUGGAAAUAAUAUCGUUUGUUUACCAUCCUGCGUAGAGCAGCAGAUAAGCCCCGUCGGGUCCAGAGAGAAAAGAAGUAAAAUAGACGAAACUGAGGGUCAUGUAGUCGAAAUCGAAAUAGCAUCUCCGCCGGCUGCCAGAUAUUACAGAACUGUCACCCAGACCAAACUUGAUUUAAUAGUUGGCAUUGGAAGUGUUAUAGGACUCUUUUUCGGCGCAUCUUUACUUAACCUUUUGGAAAUAAUAUCAUUUUUUUUCAAAAAAUUUAAAACAAUGGUUGUAGGUUAGAACUUUAGAUGUUAUCAACUUUUCAAUUUCGCAGCGGCUUUUACAUGUUAUUUUACUCCCACAAAUAAAAUAAAUAUAUUCUGCAAAGACAAA